ACUAACCUAAAAUAAUAAUUUUGUUAGAAUUAAUAUGAAAUGCAGUACUAUGUUAUACUUACUAUACCAAUUGAUCUUAUUUAUAAUUGUGUGAAGUGUUUACAGUUGUAUAUCUGUUUGUUUCACUGAAAUCACGAUAUAAUAUGGCAGUUGAAAACACACCUAAAAGACUACCGGCAGUGCCGGAGUCCGUUCUCAAGAGAAGAAAGGCGCGUACAGCUUUUAAACUCAAGCAGUUAAAAAAAGCAAUUGAAGAACGUAAAGAACGUGUAAAGAAAACUAAGAAGUAUUUUAAACGAGCUGAGGCUUAUGUUAAAGAAUUUCGAAUGAAGGAAAGAGAUGAAAUACGUUUGGCAAGAAAUGCUAAAAAGGCAGGUGAUUAUUACAUUCCACCUGAACCUAAAUUAGCAUUCAUAAUUCGUAUUCGAGGUGUUAAUCAAGUAGCUCCAAAAGUCAAAAAGGUAUUACAGUUAUUCAGAUUGCGUCAAAUUAAUAAUGGGAUUUUUAUCAAGUUGAAUAAAGCUACAUUAAAUAUGUUGAGAAUUUGUGAACCGUAUGUUACAUGGGGGUACCCCAAUUUGAAGAGUGUUCGAGAAUUGAUUUACAAACGAGGAUUUGCUAAGUUAAAUGGACAACGUAUUCCAAUAACAAAUAAUGAAAUGAUUGAAAAGAAAUUGGGCAAAUAUGGUAUUAUCUGUACUGAAGAUUUAGUUCAUUGUAUCUACAGGGCAGACCGUCGUUUCAAAUAUGCAAUGAAUUAUCUUUGGCCAUUCAAAUUAAACACUCCUACUGGUGGAUGGCGUAAGAAAACUAACCAUUAUGUUGAAGGUGGUGACUUUGGAAAUCGUGAAGAUACCAUUAACAAAUUGUUAAGGAAAAUGGUUUAAUUAAAAACAUGUUACAUACUAAAACAUUUGACUUUAUUUUAUUUUUAUAAAAUUGUUUUGCUACAA